ACGGCAGCUGCUGCUUCUCCAGUCGUCAGUGGUUACAACUGGCACAAUACACACUCAGUGCUGGAGUAACUCAGCGGGUCAGGCAGCAGUUCCGGAGAACACGGAUAGUGAGAGGCGCCGCUUGUCCGGACCGGAGCCGACCUGACGCCAACGCUGCGCCUUACUGAAGGUCAUUCCUCAGAGCCCCCGGAAGAUUGUCCUUCUUUCCCCCAUUACACGCAGGUGGAUUACUGCCCGAGAGCAAAACAUGUCGGGGAAGGAGAGGAUUGAAGUCUUUCCGUCGCGAAUGGCACAAACUAUAAUGAAGGCCCGGUUGAAAGGUGCUCAGACUGGUCGCAAUUUACUGAAGAAAAAGUCUGAUGCUCUUACACUACGCUUUAGACAAAUCCUGAAAAAGAUCAUAGAGACCAAGACAUUGAUGGGUGAAGUAAUGAGAGAAGCAGCUUUUUCUUUAGCUGAAGCUAAAUUCACUGCUGGAGAUUUCAGUACUACUGUGAUCCAGAAUGUGAACAAAGCUCAGGUCAAGGUCAGAGCUAAAAGAGACAAUGUAGCAGGUGUUAUACUGCCAGUGUUUGAACAUUAUCACGAAGGAGGAGAUAGUUAUGAGUUGACCGGCCUGGCCAGAGGUGGAGAACAGCUGGCUAAAUUGAAGAGGAAUUAUGCCAAAGCAGUGGAACUUCUGGUUGAACUGGCAUCAUUGCAGACUUCAUUUGUGACAUUGGAUGAAGCUAUUAAAAUUACAAAUAGGCGUGUAAACGCAAUUGAACAUGUUAUAAUUCCUCGGAUUGAACGCACCUUGUCUUAUAUCAUUACCGAGUUGGAUGAAAGAGAAAGGGAGGAGUUCUAUCGGUUAAAAAAGAUCCAGGAAAAGAAAAAGCAGUUGAAGGAAAAGAGAGAAAAAGAAAAGGAAGGUCGGAGAUUAAAACAUGAUAAUGCACCAGCCAACCUACUUGAAGAUGAAAAGGACGAGGACCUGCUCUUUGACUAAUCUAAGCAAGGAGCUCCCAUUACCUACCAUUCACUGAAGCAGCGAGCUUAAAAUUGUGAUGUAUUUGUAUGUUAUAUUUAAUAUUGAUUUGCAAACCCAAUUACACUUGUCAGGUGGAUACUGUUUUGUAAGUUCACAAUUUGUUACAUGUAAACAAAACAUUGAUUCUUGCACAUUUCUGUACUGUAUGGGAGAUGUAAUUAUUCACUAUUACUCUUUACAGUGAGCUCAUGAAAUAUUUCCUGCAAACCAAGUUGAUUAAAUGAUUUUAAAAAGCAAUGUUAAA